AUGCGCAUACAAACAUCAAUCUUAGAUGUCGACGACAAGUUUUGGCUCGACAACCUUCUAGCAUUUACUUUCGAAAUGGUCAACAAAGGUGUUUCAUUUGACCCAGCUGAUGACAUUCCUCCUCUGGAGGGAAAGGUCAUCCUCAUCACCGGUGCCAAUAGCGGAUUAGGGAAGCAAGCCUCCCUUGAAUUGGCCAAACACAAUCCUGGAAAGAUCUGGAUGGCUGCUCGUAGCUUGGAGAAGGGUAAUGAGGCACUUGAAGAUAUUAAGAAGCAAGUACCAGACGCAGCAGUGCACUUCUUGGAGCUAGACUUGAGCUCUUUUAAUUCGAUUAAAGCUGCUGCCAGGACAGUUCUCACGUCCUCAGAACGCCUAGACAUCCUGAUGCUCAACGCCGGACUCAUGGGCUGCCCACCCAAGCUGACGAAGGAGGGUUACGAGAUCCAGAUGGGUACGAAUCAUAUCGGUCACGCGCUCCUCCUUAAACUCCUCGAGCCUACCCUUCUCAAGACUGCCACUCUCUAUCCCGUUCGUGUCGUCAGCAUGGCCUCAUCUGCCUGGAAAUGGGCAGGGCCGGAGAAGAUUCAAUUUGACACUCUCAAAUCUCUGGAGGGUGCUACACCAGUAAAUCGCUAUAUCCAGAGCAAAACAGCGAACAUGUUGUACGUGCAGGAGCUUGCCAAACACUAUCCACAGUUCACGAUUGCCUCUAUCGACCCCGGUGAGGUAGCAACCCAACUCUUCUCCCGUGAUCCAGGCGAUGAGCAAAUGAUUCACAUACAGACCGAAGUGGCGCCAAAGGCCUGGCGACCUGUCGAAGAAGGUGUGAAAAAUCAGUUGUGGGCGGCAACGGCUGAAGGUGUCAAGAGUGGCCAACAUUAUGAGCCUAUCGGACAUUAUGCGCCCUCUGGUCUGAUGCUCGAUACCGAGCUCGCGAAGAGACUCUGGGAAUGGACUCAGAAGGAACUGCAAGGGCAAGAAAUUUGA